CAUACCAAACCGCACCGGCAGAUUUGGUCCCAAAGUUCAAUUUCGUUAUCCUUCGUCUUCCUUUCACCGGAGGUACUCUCAUCAAUGGCGUCCCACCAGCUUCUCUCUGUUCCUCAUUUCUCCCUCCUCCCUAAAGUCUCACCCUUUCAUCCUCCCUUCUUAUCAACACCACGAAAACUCUCUCUCUUUCACUCUACUACUUGUUCUCCUCUCCAAUCCUCCCCCAAUUCUCGGAUUACUAACCUCCAAGCCGUCACCAACACUUGCUCCGAAACCGAAAGCAACGCUCCCACUGAAACAACUGCUUUAACUCUACGAAACAUCUGCCAAGGCUUUGUCCCCGAACACAUUUUACACAGAAUGGAGGAGAUUGGGUUUGUGUUUCCCACGGAUAUUCAAAGAGAAGCUCUUCCUACUCUGUUCACUGGCCGUGAUUGCAUCCUCCAUGCCCAAACAGGCUCAGGCAAGACAUUGACUUACCUGUUACUCAUACUCUCUCUUAUAAACCCUCAACGAUCUUCUGUGCAAGCUGUGGUUGUUGUUCCCACUCGGGAGCUCGGUAUGCAAGUUACAAAGGUUGCUCGAAUGUUGGCUGCAAAAUCAACCGAUGCUGAGGUGAAAGGAUGUACAGUUAUGGCUCUCUUAGAUGGAGGGAUGCUAAGAAGGCACAAAAGCUGGCUUAAGGCUGAGCCGCCAGCAAUUGUGGUCGCUACGGUUGCAAGUUUAUGCCACAUGCUUGAAAAGCACAUACUUAGACUUGACUCGGUGAAAGUUCUUGUUGUUGAUGAGGUUGAUUUCUUAUUCUACUCAUCUAAACAAGCCGGUCCUGUGAGGAAGCUUCUGACUUCAUUUUCCUCAUGCGAUAAACGUCAGACGGUUUUCGCCAGUGCUUCCAUUCCCCAGCAUAAACAUUUUGUGCAUGACUGUAUGCAACAAAAAUGGACAAAGAGGGAUGUUGUUCAUAUUCAUGUUAGCGCUAUCACGCCCAUGCCUUUGUGCCUUCUUCACAAAUUUGUAGUGUGUGGGAAGAAAAACAAGCAUCAAGUACUGCUCGCCUUGUUAGAGUCUGAUGCACCUGAAUCAGCUAUUAUUUUCGUCGGAGAGCAGUCUGAGAAGUCAAAGAAAGCUGGAAACGAUCCUUCCACAACUCUACUUAUAGAAUUCCUCAAAACUUCAUAUGAUGGCUCUCUGGAGAUCCUCUUACUAGAGGAAGACAUGAAUUUCAAUUCACGAGCAGCUUCAUUAACAGAGAUCCGGCAAGGAGGAGGGUUUCUUCUUGUUUCUACUGAUAUUGCAGCAAGAGGGAUUGAUCUACCGGAAACAACUCACAUCUUCAACUUUGAUCUCCCGCAAACAGCUACAGAUUAUCUUCACAGAGCUGGAAGAGCUGGUCGAAAACCUUUUUCGGAUAGGAAGUGCAUUGUUACCAACCUGAUCACCUCUGAGGAAAGAUUUGUCUUACAAAGAUUCGAAAAUGAACUAAUGUUCAGCUGCGAGGAACUGAUGUUUUAGGUACACUAUUGAAUUUUUAUGUACAUAAACUUCACAUAUUUGUCUUAAUGCAACUUGAUUAGUUACAUGGAAUGAUUAUAUGAGAAGUGUCUUCAUUAUCAAAUAAAUUGCUUUUAUUAAUAUA